ACAUGAUAAUCAGGCUCCUCCUUCUUCACAGCAGCAUAGGCAGCCUUCGUGCGUGAAUCUCCUCGUGCUAGUUUCCUCCUCCUUCUUAUCCAUGAGUCUCGAUCUUGCAUCUUCUCAUGGUCUUUUAUCACCCUAGGCUUUUUCUUGUCAGCCUCACUUGUUUCAUCACACCCUUGCCUUUCCCAUGUAACUUCCCUUUCGAGCUCUUAACUGGUGUUACUCGAGCAGCGUGGUCACGUGGAGAUCGUGUCGGCUGCAAACCACCUUUGGCUAAUGGCACCUUGUUUUUCUUAGUAAUUUGAGCUCUACCACGAUGAUCAGCACGUGGAGAUGUAGCGAGCAAUCUCGAUUCUUUGGAGAAUCUUGAAGAUUUCCGUGUGAGCGAAUAUGUCGACUACACCCAGUGCCAAGCAUCUUCAGUUGGAACUCACCGAGGCUUGUUCCGACUUAAGGCAUCUUGCUGCUAAAUCUGCGAAUAAGCCCAACCACCGGAUUUUGAAAAGUCUGUUGGAGGGAAGAAGCAGCAUGGAUUCGACCUACAAGACCGUCAUCAUUAACCUUCUAACCUCGGACGAGGAGGCUAGUCCAGGCAAGGUGAGAACUGAAACAGUUGAAGGCAUUGGGCAGAUGCAGAUGCAGAUGCCCUGGCAAGCUAAGAGAAGUGGGGAAAUUUGCAGAAUCAUAGGCCGAAAUGAUGAGGAUGAUGAAGGCAUGGAGCAGAUGGAGAGGCACUUGCAAGCUCAGAAAAGUGGGGGGAAUUGCAGAAUCAAAUGCCAAAAUGAUGAGGAUGCUUUGCGCAAGAUGAAAGCUGAACCGGAUGUAGGCAUUGAGCGGAUGGAGAGGCCCUCGUACAUUAAGAAAAGUGGGCUUAAAUGCAGAAUGGUAGACGAAAAUGAUAAGGGUGGUCCAAGCAAGGUGAUGGAGAGGCCCUCGCAGGUUAUGAAUAGGAAACGAAAAUGCAGAAUCGUUGAUCAACGUUAUAAGGAUGAUUCAACCGAGGAGGAAACUGACUCGGAUGAAACUGAAUCGGAUGAGAUUGAAUCAGAUGAAACCGAAUCAGAUGAUUCUGAAUCAUAUGCAUCUGAAUCAGAUGAUGUCGUUGAGAUCGUGGAGAGGCCCUUGCUAGUUAAGGAUAGGAAAAGAAAAUGCGUAGUCAAAGACCAGCAUGGUGGUCAUCGUGGCAGAGCUCGGAUUAUAAAGAAAAAUAAGGCGCCGUUGGCCAAAGGUGGCUUGAAGCCGGCACGGUCCCCAUGUGACCGUGCUGCUCGAGUAACACCAGUUAAGAGCUCGAAAGAGAAGCCACAUGGAAAAGGCAAGGGUGUGUUGAAACUAGUGCGCGAGGCUGACGUGAAUAAGCCUAGGGUGAUAAAAGACCAUGAGAAAAUGCACAAUCGAGACUCAUGGAUAAGAAGGAAGAGGAAAUUAGCCCGAGGAGAUUCACGCACGAUGGCUGCCUGUGCUGCUGUUAAGAAGGAGGAGCCUGGCCAUCACGUGGAAAUUCGUCCGCCUCAAAAAGGAAUCCAUAAAGAAGUUAGAAAGGUCAAGUGUCCUAAAUGCUCGCGCGUAUAUAGAAGUGGUGAAGGGGAUUGGGAAGAAGGAGAAGGUAGCAGUAAGAGUGUUCCAGAACUGGUCAUCCUAGACAGUGAUAAGGUUCUUAACAGAGAAAUCCGGAGCCCUUUUAUUUCUGAUAAGUUACUUCACAGAAGCAUGGAUGAUGAUGAGUUUGACUUCAAUGAAGGAAGUCCUGAAAAAACAGGUGAUGGCGAAUUCACGAAAGAGCUCUUAGAAGUUCUCAGAAAGCCAUUUGACAGAGUGGAACUCAAAAGGGCCCGAGAAACUUUCAAGUCUGGAUUAUACGCCUGUUACCAUCCCGAUGUGCAAAAAAGACUCACGAGAUACAGAUAUAGACGGGAGAAUUGCUUGACCAUCCUUCGCGGAUUUAUGUUUUGGCUUAAGAAUGUGAGCCGUGAAGGAGUGUUUCGGCCAUGGAAACACAAGCGCUACAUCGAGCUGGAGCUACCGUCUGCCUAAACCCCAGAAUCAAGACUAUCAAGUGCAA